UAAGAAUGGGAAAAUGGCAACGGAAGACAUUGUUCGGAUUUCUUAUGCAGAUUUGGAAAGAAUAGCAUCGUCCCUGAAGCAAGACACUCAGGAAGACUCAGAAAAAAAUGUAGAAAAGACUGGCCAGCAAAAGCAGUCGAAAGCCAAACGACCUGCACAACAGAUAUAUAGACCGGGUCAGCUGAGGCAGAACAGAGGCCCCCGGGAUCCUGGCCGAAGUCGAGAUGAAGGGAAGGAGUCGCAGCAUGGCGAGUACAUGGAAGAAGAUUGGGACAAUGAGCUGAAGGGUGACUCAACAGAGGAGGACAGAGCCAAGGACAGCAGGGAAGGCAGUGGAGACAUAGAGGAAAAUGACGUUCAAGAGAAACUUGAUGACUUGUACAUAAGCUCCCCACCAAGAGAGAGUUGCGCUAGUCCCGUUUCAGAUAGUCAGAGUGUUGAAGGAAGAGGUGAUAUGUCGUUGGUAUAUAACAAUGGGAAUGAGAUGGAGAAUGCUAGCUCCAGCAAGAGAGCCCUGGGCAGCAGAGGAGGCGUCAGUAAACGAAGGGGUAAGAGACCAGACUUGCAGAGGUACAUCCCGAGGGCUCGCCUCUCUGACAGAGACAGGAAGAGCGAAGAAAAAGAAUUUUCCCCUGAAGCUGUUCAGAAUGAGGACGGAGAUCAGGAAGAGGAUUUUGAGAAAAGAGAAAAAGAUGAUGGUGAAGUAGUUGUUUCAACUGCUGAAGACAGCUCGGGUGCCUUGACUCCUAGAAAAGUCCAGGUGAAGUCACGGGGUGGUGCUAUGAGAGUGACUGUUAUGAACGAGUCCAUGUCCAGCUCUCCAGGGCAAGACAACAAAACCCCACCAACCGUCUCUAGGCAGAACAUUGGUCCUCAGAGGAAGAAUGUUUCGCAACAAAGGCAGGAUUCAAAAGACUCCCUAGGUUCUGACCAGCAAGGAAAGCUCUAUAAAAAUUUGAAAGACUCUGAGUCGGACAGAAAGAGCUUUGGUAGAAGUGAGAGGUCAGGAAGACAGUUUUAUGAGGGAGGAAAAGGUAGGACUCAUCAAGAACCUGCUUUAGGGGGAAGGGGAAGAGGUGACCACCACAGGAGGAACGAUCAACCAGUCAAAUCAUACACAAGAAUGCGGAGGUCCAACUCAAGCGACUCUAGACGGUCAGACAAUGCAGAACCCGAUCCACCGGUCAAGGUUUUAGAGAAAGGACAGUUUACAAGUGGAACAUUUCCACGCACGAAACCAUCUGGAAGUAACUCUUAUAAGUCAGGGGCGAAGGAUGUUUAUUCUUCCGGAAAAAGCAACAAAGAUAUUGCAUCGACAGGAAAGAGUGGUGGUCGAGAAGGAGAGAAGUUUUACUGGGGUAUGAGAAGGCAGAGGACAGGUAGCAUCAGUAGUGAGGCCAGUGUAGCCAGCAACCUAAGCAAUGGUUCUUUCUACAGUGGCAGCAGCGACUUUGGCACUGAAGACGAUGAGCCCGAACAAAUAUUGGACUGGUGUGCUGAAGUAGAGAAAGCCCAUCUUGAGGAACUGGCCCGAAUCGUACAUGAUGGUACUCAGAAACUGACCAGCAGUCUUGACGCCUACCCAGACCUGGGAUCUGAAAGCGUGGCUGGUGAUGCAGUAAGUGGAAACAUUCCCUCUUCUGCCGUGUCCACUCUGAACCGCCAAAAGUCUGUCUCCGCUGAUAAAAUUCACCAGGUAAAUCCUAAAGAAGGGAGGACCCGAAGGAGGAAUCGACAAAGAAAGCCGUCAUCUCGACAAGGUAGUCGGGAUUCUUCAGUGCACAGUGCCGCACAUGGGGAGGAUGGUCGCAGUGAAGGGGGACGUCGAAGAAGAAGACGACGCCACUCCUCGCGUAGUUCUCAAGGCGGGAGUCAGUACCAGGAUGAUGCGUUCAGACGGAAGGAACAGAGUGAUGGGGGCAGCAACAUGUCUGGGCUGCAGGUUACCAUUGGCCGUAGACAUCGGCAUGUUGAGUUGAACAAGGGAAGAGGAGGUAAUACUGGUAAUUCAGAGAAGCAUAAAGGGGAGAACAAAAGUCUGUUUGAACGUCUGCCGCGAGAUCACCAGUACGAGCCUGCAGACUGGGACGGAGAGCAGAGCAUGGAGUUUAACCGUAGCAGUGACCGAUUUCCUCCUCAAAAGUGGCAGAAAGAGCCGCCGCCUAGGUUUCGGCGAGACAGUGGAGGAGGGAGUGGAGAAAGUGGAGGGGGAGGAAGGAGGAGGAGAGGUAGCGGAAUACAGCAAGGCCGAGAAGGAGAUCGUGUUCGACACGAGAGCGAAGGAAGCUGGUGCGGCGUGGAGGAAGAGGACAGUCUACUACAUGACAAUAGUUCUUGGAGAGGUGCAGGUGAUCAGCGGUCAGUUCACCCAGCUCAUGAUGCUAGUCCUUCUUCCGGUGCUGGUGGACGAGGCCGUGGAAGAAACAGCCGACAGAAGCAGGAGUGGAGAGGUGGAGAGAGAUCCUCAGGGGGUCAUCAUCACCAUCAUCAUAUAGGUCAUGACUUCAGUUCCGGUCUAGUCAAUCACGAUGAUUUUGCCAUCAAUCACAGGGCGAGGGGUGGAGGUGUGCUACAUUUGCCACCACGAGAAGAACCUCCGCGACCCCACAGUAAUCCCAGCGCAUCCAUGACAGAUUACUUUCAUCAUCGUGACAACCACCACAAUGACAGCGGUGGUGGGGGCGCAUUUGGUUCUAAUGUACGUGGCAUGACUCAAGGCCAGAAGCAUUUGUUUGACCCGAACAAUCCGUCAAAACCGAUCGUCAUCCCUGACAGUGCCCCGGCCGCACCACCCAAAUUCGAAGACACCGAAGACAACUCUUCUCCCCUCGGCCCAGGCUCGGGGCCAGUUGCGUCCUCUCCUGAAGGUCAGCAUGGUCAUCCUGGGUAUCCAGGCCAGUUUUAUCCUCCUGAUUUUCCUCAUCCAGCAUAUUGCUUCCGACCUCCGGUCCGUCCUUUUGGCCCCCCACAUGGCUCGUACCCAAUGGGCAGCUUCCCCCCGCGAGCAAUGCCACCUCAUAUGUUCUUCCGGUUCCCACGCAUGCCUGUGCCAGACAUGGCCUUUUACAAUGGAGGGGACGGGGAUGGCGAAGGGAUGAUGUCGUCUGGGUCUCGAUCUCAGAGCCGCAUGAUGGCAGAGCAGAUUCUUCGCGACUCUGUGCCAUUUGAGAGUCAGCUGGGCAAUAUCCUGUCACGGAGGCCGCACUCUGACGACAGCCACAGAAUGGUCAACCAGAUCAGGGCUGAGCUUCAAAACCGUUUAGAACAAGUGAUAUUACUGGACAUUGAAGUAGCCAAUAAACAGAAUGUAGAACAGACUUUGUGGAAAUCGGUGUAUUAUCAAGUGAUCGAGUCAAAUCGUAAGAAAGUGAGUGAUGAGUCAGCAAAUUCUCUAUGCAAAAAGAGACUUGCAGAAGUCUUGGAUGAGGGAACCCGCUUCUUUGAGAACCUACUUAAAAAGCUGCAGUCGACGUACGAGUUUGACCUUGACCAGUACACGGAAAGUCACGGCCCUGUACCGGAGACGUCCUCUCGUUAUGUCAAACUGGCCCUGCUCAGCUCGCAAAGGGUCAUGAUGUUUCUCGGGGACAUUGCUCGGUACCGGGAGCAGCUUGCAGAUACCACCAACUAUGGCAAAGCUAGACACUGGUACCUCAAAGCCCAAAAGAUUCACCCGCGCAACGGCCGUCCAUACAACCAGCUGGCUAUUCUGGCUGUUUACACACGAAGAAAACUGGAUGCUGUUUACUACUAUAUGCGUAGUCUGGCUGCCAGCAACCCCAUAAUGACAGCUCGGGAGUCACUCAUGUCACUGUUUGACGAGGUUCGGAGAAAGGUGGACGCGAUGGAGAAGAAGAAAUUUGAAGAGAGGCGACAGCGUCAGCAACUGCGCAAGAAGCGGCCAUCGGCAGGUCCCCGUGUGGAGAUCUGGGUCUCACCUGAUGGGUCAAGCAUGCUGGACAGUGUGGAGGACGGAGAUGAGGAGGAGGAUCUGAGCUCCCUCAGUGCCAUUGAGUUGAACAAACGGUUUGUGCUAACAUACCUGAAUGUCCAUGGGAAACUUUUCACCAAGAUUAAUUUUGAAGUGUUUGCGGAGAGCUCUAGCCUGAUGCUUCACGAGUUCCUCACCCUGAUCCAGCACAGCCCUUGUGUACUCAGCAGCACACGCCUCCUUCAGCUGAUGGUCAUCAACAUGUUCUCUGUCGACAACACCACACUCAAAGAUUCGUCGUUGGAGGAAAACUGUCGCUCACUGCUGCAGGAGCAUGCUGUGGAAAUUGGCCUGGAGAUGUUUGGCUUGCUUGUGCAGCGCUGUUCCGAUCUGUUGUCCUUGCAGUUGAAAAAAGUCAGCACUUCUGGAGAGAAGUCGGCCUGUUCUCCUUCAGAGAGCAGUCACAGCGAGGACCCACUGAGUGUAGUCAAGAAUGCUGGCGGGGGGACUUGUAACGGUCAGCUGGGAGAGGACCUGCACAACAUCUUACCUGCCCUCAAGACCUGGGUAGAGUGGAUGAUGUGCCACGCCCAUCUGUGGAAUCCACAGCCUCUCAACAGACCCCCAGACCUUGGGCCACAGAUUGAUGUGUGGAAGAAUUUAGCUACAUUCUGUGAUUUGCUGAAUGCUGUGGAGACCCAGCAAGGAUGUCUUAUACGAGAGGAGAAACCAGGCUACAAACAAGUUGUCCUGCAUGAAGACACCACCCUGGCUGGAUUUGUGCCGAUGUUGAGUGCCCCUCAGGAGACCUUCUAUGCUUCUGUCGAUGUGGACAAGAGGCAGGCGGAGGACUGGCUUCGCAUCGAGAAGCUUCGCUUGUUCGGAGAGUACCUGUGCGGCGUGGAGCCACCCAUGCUGGCGUUCAAUGUGGAGAGCGGGCGGUACUACUCUGUGGCGCCCUCACCUGUCCGCUCUGAGGAGAAGCUAGUCGCAGAUGGAGAAGAUGGGAAGGACAAAGAUUCCGGAGAAGAGUCCGAUGAUGUGAUUAUCGAACACGGAAGUAGCUCAGGGGAGGGAAGCGAUGGCAACGACCACAUCGAGAAACUCAAGGCCAAGAGGGGGGAGCUGCACCGACGCAAGCAGGAGAGAGAAAGAAACAAGGAGAGUAUGGAUGCUAUUCUGGAUAGCCACCGGCAUGCCAAGAUUGAGCUGGAGAUUCGGCCCAUCUUUCUCGUUGCUGAUACCAAUUGCUUCAUAGACCACUUCUCCACCCUCAAGAAAAUUCUGGAGACGAAGAAAUACACACUAGUUGUGCCCUUAGUGGUGAUCAACGAGCUGGACGGCCUGUCCCGCGGUGCCCGGGACCAGCAGUACGACAGCCCAGACCACGCCAACAUGGUCAAGACACAAGCUAGCCAGGCCGUUCAGUUCCUGGAGGCUGAGUUUGAGGUCAAGAACUCCCACCUGAGGGCUCAGACAGCUAAGGGCACUGUGCUGGAGACCAUUGCCUUCCGCAGCGAGGAAUCGGAUGGAUCAGCAGGGAUCAAUGAUGACAUCAUUCUGUCAUGCUGUCUCCACUACUGCAAAGAUAUGGCCAGAGAGUUCAUGCCCAAAGGAAAAGAUCAACCAGUCAGGCUGUACAGAGAUGUUGUCCUCCUCACAGAAGACCGCAACUUGCGUCUCAAGGCGCACACGUGUAACGUACCUGUGAAAGACGUGCCCGGAUUCAAGAAAUGGAGCAAAAUAUCAUGAUAAUGAUGAGUCUUCUAUCCGUCUACGUAUUAAUGCUUUAGAGAAAUAGAGAAAGAUAGUAGAUAAGAAUGGAAAGGGAGAAAAAUAGCCAGAGGAUGAAGUGUAGCGAUUGAAAUAUUUGUUGGUCUUUGUAUAUACAGCAUUGCUGUAUACUUUUGCCUCAUAAUUAUGUCAGUGUCUUUGCUAUAAUGCUAUUGCACAAAACCAUCCUCUGCUCUUUCGCUCGUAUCUUAUUAAAAUCAGAAUGGCAUGUCGUGUCUCGUGUUGGGCUCGGCAUCAGUUCUAUACUUCUUUGAUUCUCUGUUUCCGGGACCGUUCAGUACUUGAGAUUACUCUCAGCUGUCCUGCCAUGUCCUUUCAAAAAGGUGGUCUUCUUAUUUUCUGACAGAUUCUGCCUCCAUUUUUUCUAACCACGUGUGUGCUUUCUGUGUCUGGUCUGUACACAAAGAAAAAUUCUGUCAGUGUUUUGUGUGUGUGUGUGUGUGUGCCCUUGUUCUUGUUGCUUAGCAACCUUCAAGGGGUUGUGAUCCCCUCAUGUGAUGAUCUAUUCCCCUCCAGUUAUAACUGUACUCCCUUUCCCUACUCUUCAAAUAUAUAUUAUUACAGUCACUUGCUACAUCCCUAACUGCCAUUUGAUUUGAAGGUCUUUCAUAUUCAUAGCUCUUCAACCUCUGAACUUUGCCAUCAGUCAUCCAUUGACACGGUCAUAUUCAUCAUCUACCUUCAUCAUCAUUAUUUUUAAGAACAUUUCUUCUUUUAUUAUGUCUUGCAUUGUCAAUGUCUUUGUCUUAAACCACAAGUGUUAUCAUUUUUUUUUCAUUUCUGUGUCUGUCCUGAUUUUAAAUUCUAAUUUUUUUAGCAAACAUCAAUAUUAAGAGUUUCUGCUAGCUAAUAUCUGGCAGGUGGAAGAAAAAAAGCAGGAAAUGAAAA